AUGGAUGCAUCUGAUUUCGACGACUCGUGUCAGAAGGAUGUUAGCUCUAAAGAAAUCGAGCAUGCUACCAUCGACAUGACCUUCUCCCCCAAAGAAGAGAAGGCGCUCGUGAGGAAGAUUGAUCUGAUGCUGUUGCCAGUGAUAUGGAUCAUGUAUCUUUUAUCUUAUAUGGAUCGUACCAACAUUGCCAACGCGAAGGUAUCUGGAAUGGAUACAGACCUCAACCUCACCUCGAACCAGUACUCAGUGGCCCUGGUGGUUUACUUCGUAGGAUACGUGGUCUUCGAAGUGCCCAGCAACCUCGUCCUAGGCCGAACCCGGCCAUCGAUUUUCCUCCCUUCCAUCAUGAUACUCUGGGGUGUGCUCACCUGUCUCAUGUCCGUGAUCAAAAGCUACACCCAUCUCGUCGUUCUAAGAAUCCUUGUCGGAAGUGUAGAAGCCGGCUUCGCUCCGGGUGUACUACUCGUUCUUUCAUCGUGGUAUAAGCGCACAGAGCAAUCAAAACGCUUCGGUGUAUACAUCUCCGCCGCUGUGCUAUCGGGCGCGUUCGGUAGUCUGAUUGCAGCUGGAAUCAUGGACGCCCUUGAAGGCGCCCAUGGAAUCCAAGGAUGGCGCUGGCUUUUUAUUGUGGAGGGUGCUGCUACUAUUGGCUUCGCUCUUAUUGCUCUUUUCAUUCUCCCUGACUUUCCAGCCACCUCAAAAGGGCUAUCCGAGUGCGAGAGACAAAUUGCUGUCGCCCGUUUGGCUUCCGAGAAUGUGACUGCUGUCACUGAAGAUAGUGCCCCGUUGAGCAAUUGGGGCGCUGUCAAGGUUGCCGCCCGUGACUGGCGUACAUGGGCAUUCGUUGUUGGAUAUAUGGUCAUCGUCGGAUCCAGCACAUUGACCUACUUCUACCCAACCCUCGUGAAAGGACUAUUCGGAACAGCCACAACCGAGAAAAUCAACCUUCUCACCGUCCCAGUUUACGGCGCAGCAUUUGUUGCUACCGGAAUUACCUCGUACUUCGGGGAUAAAGUCCCUCACUGGCGAGGAUUCAUUAUUGCCUGCUUGCUCGCAUUCGCCCUUAUCUGCUCGAUCAUCGUAUGUGUGGUGUACGAUCACACAGCGCGAUAUGUCCUGAUGAUAUUAAUGGCAUGUGGCCUAUGGGCUACGAAUGGAGGCACGCUAGCCUAUGCAUCCUCAGCAUUUGCUGGUAUGCACCCACAGGCAAGAGGUGUGGCCCUUGCUUUGGUGAAUGCCAUGGGAAACCUGGCUCAGAUCUAUGGAUCUUACCUUUUCCCCGAAUCCGAUAGUCCAAAGUACAUCAUGGGAUUUUCUGUUAUCUCCGCAAUGCUGGCAUUGGGAGUUGUGGUCUUUGCUGGAUUGCAUGUUUGGUUCCGUAGUCGGGCAAAGUUAUUCGUGGAGGAGUGA